UAUUCAACCCCACUCUUCAAUUAUGUUUACUACUUCUAUUGCUUUACAAUCGCAGACUUUGCUGAAGACUGCUACGCCCUUAGUGUCUCGCAUGGUUGUACCUGCUGCUGCAUUAACCUUAUCUCGUCGUACCUUUGCUUCUUGUACAACUCAACGUCAACAAGACAAGCUUUCUGAAUUUGCCCAUAGAAUGCCUCGGGAUAUUUACCGUGAAAUCCUUGAAGACCGCCCUACUCCCAUGUGUGAAGAAUUCCUAGGUAGUCAGAAACUGACAUCUGAACUCUUGGAAAAGAUUGAGUAUAGCCCUGGCAAGCACUUUGUUCCUCAAACAAUUGGUGAUCGCAUGGCUCUUUAUGCUGUCAAGUUCUUGCGUACGCUUCCUGAUACUUAUUUCGGUAAAGAUCAUUAUAUGCGUGCUGUUAUGUUGGAAACCAUUGCUGCUGUCCCUGGUAUGGUGGGUGCUAUGCUGCGCCAUAUGAAGAGCUUGCGUACAAUGAAGCAAGACAAUGGCUGGAUCUCUCACUUAUUACAUGAAGCUGAAAACGAACGUAUGCAUUUGAUGACCUGGAUUAAGUGCUUACAACCAUCACUCUGGAAUCGUCUGCUUGUACUGGGUGCACAAGGCGUCUUUUUCAAUGCUUACUUUUUACUCUACUUGUUCUCGCCCAAGACUGCUCAUCGAAUGUGUGGUUAUCUUGAAGAAGAAGCUGUUAUUUCCUAUACCCAUUUCCUAAAUGACAUUGAUGCUGGUAUCAUCAAGAAUGGUCCUGCUCCUGAUGUUGCUAUUGAUUAUUACAACUUACAUCCCAACGCUUCUAUUCGUGAUGUUGUACUUGCUGUUCGAGCUGAUGAAGCUGUUCAUCGUGAUGCCAAUCAUUUCUUUUCUGACCGUAUUGCUCAACAAAAAGAAGACAUUCUUUCUGAAGUCAAGGCUCAAUAUGAAGCGACCAAGAAUCAAACCCAUACUGGUUCAAUGGCUUAAUUUUAACGUCUUAUAACUUAUUUAUAUACACUCUCUAUGCCUGUCUCUAUUUGCUCAAUAUUAUGGAUAUCUGUAAAUAAAACUUAUUUUAGAAUUUAUAUCUA